CCAUGAAAUCUGUUUACUGUAAGGUAAAAGCACACACAAGACCAGAUUUCACGGUCCAUGACACGUUUUUCACAGCCGUGAAUUUGUAGUACCCUAAUCACUUGGCUCUCCCUUCAUACAACUUUUUUUUUCUCUCCUGCUGAAGUUAAAGCCUUUUGAACCUACCCUAUUGCAACAAGAUAGCAGGCCAACUUUGGUUUCCAAACAUUGCCAGAGUUUUGGCACAGCUGGGGACAGAUGUAUGAGCUGAUUCUGGUAGAAACUGUUCAAAAUGUGCAGCCAGCCACAGUUCUGGCUGCAUGUGCUGGGAUAUUGCAUAGAUUUUAAUUUUUGGUUUGUGGGUGUGGCUUGCUUUUCUUUUUAAGCAAAGCUUGAAGGCCCUGCCAACUCCUGCUGUAAGUUAAAGCAGCCUCAAGUUUUCUAAUGUGCAUUCUGCUCUCCAGGGAUCCUGUAGGUUCAGGGAAGCAAAACAGUAACCAUAGUGCUUUGUGCUCUGUUCACACCCCCGGCCUGUCCCCUUCUGCUUUCCCCAAUAUGCCCCAUAGGCAAGUGUUGGGGACAGCCCUUAUACCAAAUGUAGAUGGGCCAGGAGCCCCCCUGUGCUUUUGUGGCUCCUCUAUGGAGUGGUGAAAGAGGCCUUUUGUAACUGCGCCUAGGCCCAGUGUGUAUUAAUGAGGAAGAGUGGUAGUUCAGUUUAAUAGGGACUUUUUUUUACAUGUAAUAGAGGUAGGAGGUUUUGUGUCCUUACCAAAUGUCUCACCUAAGUAACUUACAUGGCUCCCAUUACUACAGUACCCAAACACCUCACAAUCCUUAAUGUCUUUAUCCUCACCUCAACCCUGUGAGAUAGGGUAGUACUCUUGUCCCCAUUCUUCAGAGAGUUCCUAAGUGACUUGCCCAAAGUCAUGCAGGAAAUCUGUGUCGGAGCAGGGAAUAGAACCAGUGUCUCAGGCGAAGGCCCUGAAGGCUAGAUCAUACUUCCUCUCAUGCCUCAUCUUUUACUAUGGCCUUACUGUCAUGCAUCUCAUAUUGUGUCCUAAGUCAAGCUGCUGUGCAUGCUCUGGGUACUGAAGGAGUUAACCAAAUCUAAGCAGUGGGUUGUUUAACUGUUUUGACUGGUGCCAAUAAGUGCAUGGUUUGUCUGCAUGGCUGAAGGUGUCCAUGCUCAGCACUAUUUAUGGUAUAAUAAAAAAAGAUAUAAAUAAACGGAGGCUUUGAAAUGAUGGCAGCUGGAGUCCUUUAUAACUGGGCUAGGUACAGAGCCAAGCAGCUGCAGUGGAAGUUUCCCAAAACUGGGAGGUGCAUGUGUCAUCUGCAGACUGGACGAAGUAGCAGCUCUUGAGGCCAUGUCAGGGUUAAACUAGUGCAGAAAUAGUGUAACUUGCAUGAUCUGAGCAUUCCAGGGAUGUGCAAAAUGAAUGAGCCAUGUAAGUCACAGAGAUCAGCAGGAAUAGCAACUAAGCAGAGGCUAACAGAUCCCCAUGCUCAGGACCUGAUCCUUGACUCGCUUACAUCAGUGUAAAUAAGGAGUAACUCCACGGUUGUUCCUAAUUUCAAUGGAGUAAAACCAUUAGCAUUGGAACAAUUUUUAUAGUGGGGGUGCUGAAAGCCACUGGACAACGAAUUCCUGUUUAUGAUGGAAACCACUUCAAGCCCAGGGGUACUGCAGCACCAGAAUCACCUCUAGUUCCAUCACCCUUGAGUAAAACCAAUGCAUGUGAGAGGGGAAUCAGGUCAUGUCCUUUAACAUAUCCCGCACCAUCCUCAACUCUUCCAAGGCUAAACUCAGACCUACUGCAGCUACCAAUGAAGUCAGGGGGAAUUACAUCUCUUUACAGAAGGGUCUAAUUUUGUUGCCCAUAAAAUAUCAAAUUGGUGUAAAUCACACACAGGAGUCACCAGAUAAUUGUGAGUUAAAAGGAUUUUUUGCCACUUAUGCCACCCCAUAAUUCAUGCCAGUAUUUGGUUGUGGGUCAGGAAAGUACCAUACCACCUUUUAGUGCUGAAUUUAUUUUAUUCACAUUUAAAUAAUAAAAAUCUCUCCAAGGCUCAAGGUGCCCUGAGAUCAAAUUAGCAGCACAAUGAAAUUGUAGCAGCAUUAAUAUAAUUUCAAACAGGAACUCAGCCAGCUACCCACAGAGAGUCAUUUCCAGCUUUUCAUCAUGCUAGGAAGCAUGCCCCAGCCUUCUCCAAAAACCCUAUCAAACAUGGCUUUUGCAGUGUGCCUGGAAGAUUGACAUUUUGGGCUACACUGAACCCAAAAUAAUUAGUAACUAAGAAUCAUGGAUUGUGUGAUCUUUUUAAAAACACCCCUUCCCCCCCCCCCAUGAUUUGUCAUUGUGUGAUUAUGGUGGAUGGGUAGGUAGGUGAAUGAGAUGGCGAACAUAUCAGUCAGUUUCAGAGAACCUUUAGUGCUGCUAAGUCAAACUCUGGGUCAUACAGGAAGCUAACGCAGAGCAGGAGUGCUCAGCAGCCAUGCUCUGGCCACACAAAGGCUUAGAACAGUGGACUCCCAGUGAGGUAUUCAUUUCCCUGCCUGGAAAGAAUUCAAGGUUUAAAAAAAAAAAAAAAAAAAAGGCUGAAGACCUAUAAAGGUCAGUUCUGAAGUGACAGUUCCUUUAUCUAGAUCUGCCCGCUGUUACCAAUGCACAUGCAAAGUUCAAUGGACUUAAAGCUGGGGAAAUAAAGGUUAUUUAGGGCAUGAAACAAUGCCAAGACACCUGACUUUUUAAACUAUUUCCAGGAGUUUUGCCAUUUUCCCCAUGACCAUCCUGUGAUUUCUCUAAAGCAAUGCCAUGAUGCCAGGCUUACCCUGCCUAGGGUUUGAAAGCAGAUUUGACCUUUUAUAUAGAUUAAUCUCAAGCAGCCCUAUGUGUGAGUUUGUAGUGUGGCUAGUGCAGAAAUGAAUCAGCUUGCAGUGUGUAGCCAUGGGCUGUCUUUUGAGAGAAGUGAGUGCAAGGUGGCACCUUAGGCCAUUCCUACCUUGAGCCAUUGGAGGCUAGACACCCAAGAUGAUCUCUCAUGGUCCCUUCCAGUCCUGCAAUUAUAUGAUUCUAUGGAAAAGUCUGGGAUCCAUAAGGAGGGUGAAAUUACACUAUUUACAGGUAGUUCCUCAAACAUCAGACCCUGAGGACAGAGUCUGUUCCAGAAAAGCAACUAGGGAGAGCUUUACGGUUAUACUAAUAGCUUGCACUUCCCUACUGGCUUUCAGCUGAGGCUAUCCAAACAUCUUCUGCAGUUUAAAGGAUCAAGCUUCAUAACAGCAGUGUGAGGCAGAGGAUUAUCACUCAGCCCUGUUGUACAGAUCUGAUAAGUUAAAUGGUUUGCUCAAGGUCCCAGGCUGAGUCUGUGGCAGAACCUAGAUAUGCUGACUCCUAUGCUUGUGUCUUAACGUCAGGGCCAGUCAUUCUUUUUCAGUGUCUUUAGUUUGCUGUUGAGCUGUUUUUUAGCUGACUGAUGUGUGUCUGAGCUCAGCCAGAGAUUUGCCACUAAUUGGUCUUUAUCUGCACAAAUACAAUGGAGGUAGAGCCCUAUGGCUGAAUUAAACCGCCUUCCCUGACUCACCUCAGGAAUGGACCAUCCGCUACCAAACAGCAGUAAAGGGGCCUUGUAUAGCUCAAAUGUGCAGAUGUCUCCUAUCUUCCACCCCCAAAGGACUGACUACGGGUAAUGGGCCAGUCACUGGCACUGAGCUGAAUUCUCUCCAAACUGUGAACCCCUGACAAACCAGUGACUUGCACCUAGAGCACAUCCAUUUAAAUUUAAACAUUCCAGCAUUUCUGUCUGUUAGAGGGACAGAAUCUUAUUUCUAUGAAGCUGUCCCCUCUCAGCUGGCUCUGCUGCCAGUAUCGUGAGUGAAACCCAGACGUUCACCAUCAGGACAGCCUGUUUACAGAAAGCAACCUUCAGCAAUGUAGAAGAAAACAUUGUCUUGUGAAUAAUACUUUCAGAUUGGAGUAAUGCAUCCCCAAUGCUUCUCACCUUCCAGCAGGAAUAAUUUAGAAUGAAUCUCUGGGAGUGAGUAGUAACUACUGAGAGCCAGUGCAGCUCUAACCAGCCCCAAUUUCUAAGAAGCUGGAUCCGGUAGGAUUGUCCAUUUUUUUCCUCAUUAUUAGUAACUGUGAUCUUCCCUCUGAACAAGCCUGACACAGAGCCAGAAUGUAAGACCUCCCCUUGCUUGUAUGUAACUUGGCACAAUGGUGGUUCUUCAGUAUGCAUCAAUGUGGAUACCACUGUUGAUGUGCAUGCAUCUCAUGCACAAAGCCAGGGGAGUUCUUUUACUUAGCAGUGUCUGUUGGGACCAUCCAAGCUCCUUGUGCUCUCAUAUGAGGGCAUAAAUGACAGGGCAGACACCAGCCUUCCUCAUUUCCCUCUGACCCCCCCCCCCCCCCCGGACAUGUUGGGUCACCUAAAUUAGUCAGUGGGAGACACUGACAUCAUUGGUGAGUGCUGUGCUAAGCCCCACCCGAUCUUGGAGAUAGGCACCUAAAUCCAGGCUGGAGCCUGCGUCUGCUUAGCACUCCAUUAAUGGGAAUCAGCUGCCUAAGACAGUUCUUGUGGGAAUGAGUUAGGCACUGUAGGAUAAGUGUAAACUUAAAGAGUUAAAGUUAGUUUAAGUUUGGUUAAGGAAAUGUAUGUGUUGUAAAGAAAGGUCCUGACUAGCAAGUAGAAGGAAGGCCUUGAAAAUAAUGAAUUAUAAGGCCAGAUGAUAUAAAGUAGGGAGAAUGUCUGGUUCAAAGAUUAACUAAUUGGAUAAGGGGAAGUUUCUAAAAAGAAGGCCUCUGACCAACAGGGGUGACUACAGAUGGUUUUAAAUCAAACAGUGAAUUUGUCUUAAAAUGAGCUAACACAGCCCUUCCAACCCACACAGCAGUGGCAAAGCCUGUGUGAACCCAGGUGCAAUGGGAAACUGUUGCACAGCAAAAAGGAGGGGAGUAAAUGCCUUGGGAAGAACGGAGGUUGUAAACCUUAUCUGGAUUAAGAGGAAAUAAGGGUGAAUUGUCUCAAAUUGGUUGCUGAAGUCAGUAUAGGCAAUUACAUCACUUGUUAGUUAAAGGGUGUAAAAAGUAAACUCUUAAAGGGGUCACUGCUAAUAUCUGACCACUUUAGAGCAGACUAAUAUGGGUCUGAGCACCCUUGCGGUUCACCCAUUUGUAAGUAUCUUGAUAAAAUGCUUUUGUUACUGUUUGGAUCUAGUGAGUUGCUUAUUAGUUAGACUUUUUUAGGCAUUUUUAGAGUAACUGCAUAAAAGUACCAUUUGGCUUUGGAUUUAAUAAAGGAAUUUACAAUUUCCCAAUUAGUUUCAAAUAUUAAUAAUUCCAACGGGCUCUUGCCUUGAUCCCAUACAAAACAGCCAGCGGGUUGGGAGCCUGAGGAGGCAGCAGGGGUCAGGGAUGCCAAAAUACAAGUUUGACCAGGAUGCCAUUUUCUCUAAGGCCACUGAGCAAUGGGAUAUUCUGAUGUAUUCUCCCACAGUCGCUCCUGUUGAAACUGUUCCAUUGUGGAUAAAUAAUGAAAGAGUGACUGGAGCAGAGAGACAGGACAUAGGGUCUCCCACCUCCCAUCCUAAUCCCUGGACUACAGAGUUAUUUUCUUACACACUCUCUCUCUCUCUCUCUCUCUUUUCCCCCCCGCCCAUGCCUAUUUUACUACUGGGGGAAUUCUGUGCCACUGUGCAUGUGUGGAAUUCAUGUCCCCUCGCAGAAUUUUGUUUGUCUCUUCAGAAAAUACAUUCUGCAGUCACUCACCAGGGACUGCUGUGGCUCCAGAACAGAAGGCAGCUGCUCCUGGGUGGGAGCAGUGAGCUGCGGAUAGGGAGGAGAAAAAGCUGCAUUCCUCACAGCGCCCUGACUGCAGAGCUAGCGCUGAAAGGGGUCAGUCAUGGCAGGUGAUGCCAUCAUGCUGAUCAGAGGCUUGGCUAAGCUCAGUAAGGCCAUUAUAGAAACCCAAAUAGGGCAGCUGCGGCAAACAGUUGUUGGUGGCGAUGCAGUUAUCGUUGCAAGGACCUUUCAGACCACUGUUGAAGAGCAAUUCAGUGCUGCCAUGGGAAAGAUGCAGGAUCUGGGUAAACAGCAAGAAAAUUUAACUGAUCUCGGUGAGGAUUUUGGGAGUGAUUACAAUUUCUCAGGGCCAGAGUCGUCGAAUGCUACAAAGGACUUCUCAUCUCCACGCCAGCCCGACAAAGGUAGUGGUACAGAGGGUCCAGCUUACAGCUAUGCCACAAACGGACCUUUUAGAAAUUUCAGUGAGAUUGGAGAUGCAACCCCAGGGCAGAUUCCCUUCUCUGCGAAAGUGAAUGCAAAGCUAUUUGGAGGCUUUAGGGACCCUGGAAAUCCUUUUGCUGCUACUUUUCGGCAAAACAGGGCUUUUCACCAGGACCAUUCCUCUGUCAGUGGACUAACAGCUGAAGAUAUUGAUAAAGCCAGGCAGGCCAAAACCGAUCCAGAACACAAACCUCACAAACAAAUGCUCAGUGAACGGGCCCGAGAGCGGAAGGUGCCAGUCACACGGCUUGGGAGACUCGCUAACUUUGGAGGACUAGCUUUUGGUCUUGGCAUUGGGGCCUUGGCAGAAGUUGCAAAGAAGAGCCUUAGACCUGAAGAACGCAAUGGAAAGAAAGCAGUUAUGGAUUCCAGUCCCUUUCUGUCGGAGGCCAAUGCAGAAAGAAUUGUGAGAACUCUGUGCAAGGUGCGGGGAGCUGCACUGAAGCUAGGACAGAUGUUGAGCAUUCAAGAUAAUGCCUUCAUCAACCCUCACCUCCAGAGGAUUUUUGAGCGUGUACGUCAGAGUGCAGACUUCAUGCCAAUAAAGCAAAUGAUGAAAACUUUGAACGACGACCUCGGUCCCAACUGGAGGGAUAAGCUGGAGUUCUUUGAAGAGCGUCCCUUUGCUGCCGCUUCCAUUGGACAGGUUCACCUGGCACGCUUGAAGAAUGGUAAAGAAGUUGCCAUGAAGAUCCAGUACCCUGGUGUAGCCCAGAGCAUCAAUAGCGAUGUUAGCAAUCUGAUGACUGUCCUGAGCAUGAGCAACAUUCUUCCAGAAGGUCUGUUUCAUGAGCACAUGAUUGAAGUUCUGAAUAGAGAAUUGGCCAUGGAGUGUGAUUACAAGAGAGAAGCUGCCUGUGCUAAGAAAUUCAAGGAGCUGUUGAAGGAUCACCCUUUCUUUUACGUCCCUGAUGUAGUGGAUGAGCUGUGCAGCCAGCAUGUCCUGACCACAGAUCUGGUGUCUGGGUUCCCGCUGGACCAAGCAGAAGGAUUGAGCCAGGAAAUCCGGAAUGAGAUCUGCUCCAACAUUCUGAUUCUGUGCCUGCGGGAGCUGUUUGAGUUCAGGUUCAUGCAGACUGAUCCGAACUGGUCUAACUUCUUCUAUGACCCACAGCUGCACAAGGUGGCCCUGCUGGACUUUGGCGCAUCUCGUGGGUUUGACGAGGACUUCACUGACCUCUACAUUGAGGUAAUAAAGGCGGCUGCAGAUCAGGACAGAGAGACAGUUUUGAGGAAGUCGAUAGAAAUGAAAUUCCUUACUGGUUAUGAAGUCAAGGAGAUGGAAAAUGCCCACUUAGAAGCUGUUCUCAUCCUGGGAGAGGCUUUUGCGUCUGAGGAGCCAUUUGACUUCGGCACCCAGAGCACCACAGAAAAGAUCCAUGGUUUGAUCCCGGUCAUGCUGAAGCAUCGGCUUGUCCCUCCGCCAGAGGAGACCUACUCUCUCCACCGGAAGAUGGGGGGCUCUUUCCUCAUAUGCUCCAAACUGAAGGCCAAAAUCUGCUGCAAAAACAUGUUCCAGGAGGCCUAUAGCAAAUACUGGAACAAGAGGGCCAAGGAGCAGGAGCAGUAGUGAAGAUGAACUAAGUGUCUCGUUCUUAAGGCCCAAUCUUACUGUAUCUAGCAAAGAGCAAUGUAGUCUGUCACAUCCCCACAUUCUCAUCUCGAGAAGUAGCAGCCUGUGUGCUGGAAGUUCAAUGUUUGUUUCACAAGGACGAAGUCUUUCUUUAACACAGCGUCUGUCCUAGACUCUGCCAUUAGAUUCCCAUAGCUUACAGGAAUUGUGUCCUCCUGAGGUAGUGGGGUUUAGUCUGCUGUGUUCUUCCACACUGUUCAAAGCACCAGCCAGCUAUCUAUCUCUAGUGCAUUUUUAACAUUGGUGGUGGCUGCAUACUGUGGUUGGGUUUUUAUAAUGUGUUGGGUGGGGUUGAGAGGAGAGUUAGAGAGAACAAAACCAGGACUAGUUUGUAUUGAAACCUGUUUAUAAUUCUCUGAAAAUCAUUUAAAAAAAUACCUCCCCCCCACCUCUUUCUUUUUGCUAAGGUGGAAUUUGAAUGGUUUUCAUAGUGUGAAUUAUAGAGUAAUAUACCUGGUAACCUACAACAGACUCCUGUUUUGUAAGAUGAAUGGUGACAGUCGGAGAAGCUGGAUUUUACUGACAGGGAUAUAAUGUAAGAUGUGUACACAUAGGAUGAAAUUUUAUGCCUUCUGCCUCCCUUGCAUCCCUUUCUGUCUUCGGCUUGCAAGCUAAAACUAGGAAGCAAAGAAUUAAAAUAUCUGAUGCAAGGGGUUCCAACAUUUAUAUUUAAAGGUAUCCACAGAGAACUCCUGCUCAGAAAGUCAGUCAGUUGUUUUUUAAUUUUGAGUUGAAUGUAUAAGCAAAGGAGCUGUGCAUAAGCACAAAUAGUGGGAAUCUUCCCUUGCUGGUAUGUAUCGGCUCUCCUUAUGGCCAAAGCCCCGACGCUUCUUGGCUUGUUAGAGUCCCAGCAAAGAAACUAGUCUCUUUGCCUUCCUGUCUGUGCCCUCCAAUACGGAGUUUGAGGGGAGGGGGAAACAUACUGUGGGAUUGUCUUAUCCUCUUAUGGGCAUUUCAAGCUUUUGCUGAAAUGUGUACUACAUGUUUAUAGCCAAAUGCACAGUUUUAAAGAAUUGGAGUCAGACUAGAAAACUUAGCUUGUUAGGGUUUUGUACAAUUCUUGUAUCUGUAUGACUUACUGAUUUCAAUAAAAAAGUGCUUGUGCA